AGGUGGGACACCAGUUUGCAUUCUAAUUUCACCGGCAGUCUACCAACGUUCUACACUCGGUCGCCACAACUCCAUUGCAUCUCUGAAAAUGGACAAACCCAUAAUAUACGGCCUACAUGUUAGUCCACCCGUCCGUUCUGUUCUCUUAGUGGCAGCGGCAAUUGGUUUAGAUUUCGAGUUUCGUCAAGUGAAUUUAUUAGCCGGUGAACAGAUGAAACCAGAAUAUCUAAAGAUGAAUCCGCAACACACAGUGCCGACUUUAGACGACGGAGGGUUACUUAUCUGGGACAGUCACGCAAUCGCUACAUAUCUCAUAGGAAAAUAUGGAAAAGAUGAUAAUUUAUAUCCGAAAGAUUUGUAUAAACGAGCCCUCGUUGACCAAAGACUCCACUUCGAUUCCGGAAUUCUUUUUGUUCGUUUGCGGGCAAUAUUUGACAGCGUCGUCUUUUUCAAUGACCCUAUUAUCCCGCAAGAAAAGCUCGAUGCUCUGGACCAAGGCUAUGAAUUCAUGGAUAAAUUUCUAGCGGCGAGUCCAUAUCUGGUGGGUGAUUCUUUGACUGUGGCCGAUCUUUGCUGCAUCGCUUCAAUUUCUACAGCACAGGGCGUACUCCCCGUUGAUAAAGAAAAAUACCCAAACCUAGCGACCUGGAUGAAACGCAUGGAGGAGUUACCUUAUUACGAAGAGGCAAACGGCAAAAAUGUUAGAGAAUUCAUUGCGUUUACAAACAGCAAGAUUGGUUGAAUAUUUCAUAUUAAUUAUUAAUUACACUUCACAUUUCUUGAGAAUAUAUAUUCUAAAACUUAAA